AUGGAUAAUGAUGGUGAUUGUUCUGAUGAACAAAGUAUCGUUAAUAUGGUACAAGAUUGCAUUGGAAUGAUAGAUGGGACUCAUGUUGAUGCAAUGCUUCCCAUUAAUCUUGUUGCACGAUUUCGAGGCCGUAAAGGUGUUACACAAAAUGUGCUUGCAGCUUGCACCCCAAACAAGCUGUUCACAUAUAUUCUAGCAGGUUGGGAGAGGAUUCUUCAGGAUGCAUUGUCUAGACCACAACCACAUGGAUUGAGAGUCUAUGAUGGCAAAUAUUAUUUGUGUGAUGCUGGGUACCCAAUCAUGCCAGGUUUCAUUUCUCCAUACCGAGGUGUUCGAUAUCAUUUGAAAGAACAUUCCGGUAAAACACCAAAGAAUAGAAGGGAAUUAUUCAAUCUAAGACAUUCUUCAUUGAGGUCUAAGAUUGAAUCUGCAUUUGGCAUACUAAAGAAUUGUUUUAAGAUUUUGUGUGCUAAGCCGCAUUAUCCUUUUCAUAUACAAGUAGAUAUCGUAUUAGCAUGCUCGAUACUCCAUAAUUUCAUUGCAAUUAUGGAUCCAAGUGAUGAGCUACUCAAUGAUGAUCAAUUUAAUGAAGAUAUUGAUGGUGAGGUGGCCUUCGAGAAUGACACUAAUUUAGUUGAUUUUACUCAAAAUCAAACCCAAAGAGAGCAAACUAAAUCAAGAAAUGAAUGGAAGACUCUUAGGGAUGACAUUGCUUGGGCGAUGUGGGUGGGUUACUAUGAUAAGUAUAAUCAUGGUGUAACCAUAGAGACAUGA